AUGACGAAUCCUCGAGACCUCCUGCCUCAGUGGCUCGUGAACCACCACGUGGCGGAUAACCCCGUAACAAUUCCCAGUCAUAUCCGCCUGAUUCCUUGGGACGAUGGGUUCACUCCUUCAGGCUGCAAUGAUCGUCCUGGUAAAAUCGUGCGUGACUUUCCACGGGAUCACCCAAAAGCUCAUGUCAUAGUGGAUCAAGCAGUGUCGAAAUGUACAGCUGAUCAACUCUACGCGAGUGCAAUGGAAGCAAAAGUGUGGGGUGUAUACGUAUCAGUAGAUGAUCUGCAAUUGCUCAAUUCCACAAGCAAAUUAGUACCAAAGAUACUGGAAGUCCAGCAAGAUGAGGCUGAGAACUUAGAAAGUUAUCGUCACGUAUUAGCGAGACGAGCAAUACAGGAAUUUCUAGUUGAUAACUUGGCGGGACAGGAAGUUAUUAGCCAGAACGAUUGGAAACGUACGCAUGGUGUUGCUGUGUGGGUUAUUGCAUCCGAUUGUGAUGAUGAGACGGAGUACCAUUUGGACUAUGCUGAGCAGGUCCGAUAUGAGACCAACGUGAUCUUCCCUCCCAUCUACGGUGCUACGUUGCACGUGAGUCCACUACAUAAUGACACUUGUGGUGAGAAGGUAAAAGAGGAACAGCGGAAGACGAGUUUACUGGAAGGUGGAAGUUUUUACGUGAAUGUCAAGGGCAUGGAACACUAUGAGAAGUACGGCCACAAGACGCGCAAGCAGCCGACCCGAAUGACUACAGAUGAGCUAGAGAAGCUGAGUGCGGCAGAACCAGGAUGGGAACGCGUACCGUACUUGUACCGUCGAGGCAUCGUGUGUGACGGCGAGCUGCCUCACUUUAGUGGUCGUGUGCGGACACUGCCAACGUCAGUGUCAUCUUCGGAAGGGGUUGAGCUGCCAAUGAAACGCGUAAUCGUGGGCUUUAAUCUAUUUCCAAGCGAGAUCGGCGCGUGUGUAGCCAAGUUCCCGGAGCACAGCAGUGCUUUCAACCGUUACGUGAGGCUCUCUCAAGCUGCCGUAAAGCAGACAAAGUUGCUGUCGACCGCGAGUAACAAGGGCGGCUGGACGCUGGCCAGCGUGCGAGCUAACCCAAAGCAGGCUGCGUUUCUCAAGCUCUUAGCACGUAAGAUGCGUGAAAAGGACGGGCAGAAGUCGGAAACUGCGGCACAAGCUGAAAUGGCGUCGUGCAUGUCAGAAAGUUUGAGCUGCAAUGGCGAAGAAGAGCUGGUAGAUGCUGAAAGACUGCAGAGUUAG